AUGUCAUUUGGAACAAACUGGUGGGUAAUCAAAAGUAAGAAAAAUACAGGAGUUGAGCAUGAAGAACACAAGAUUUCGGUCUUCGAAAAUGGAUUUUACAUCGACAAAUUUGAACUCGAAAAACUUGAUUCAGAAGAACUUAAGCGCUUUCUACGUUCCUUGAAAGAAGAUCAAUUACCAGAUGCGAUGUUAAAGUCUCCACAUUAUCCAGGUGAUCAUGUGAAUUACUAUUUUACAAUCAAAGAAGAAGAAAUGGGAACUUCAUUAGCAUGGCGAAAUUAUGAAUCUGAAGAAGUUGAAUUAAAGAAAUAUGAUCCAGAGUGGUCGAAUUUAUAUAAAAAGGAAUAUGAAAAUAUUGUUGUAAGCAACGAAAAAUUUUAG